AAUAUAUAAUUGACAGAUUAUCAGGACUUGACACAUUAUACAUACUACUCAGACAAGUUCAUCACCUUACUGCUGACUCUGGUUGUAAACGCGUCGUGAGAAACCUUGUGAUUGAUGUUCUAUUCUUGUUUCGUGAAAAAGGGAGCUGAGUGAAACAAGUGGUGGGGUCAUAUCAGAAACAUGGAAGGGGAGAAUGUUGAAAAGCCAUUGUUGGAGAGGAAGAAGUACUACGAGAACUGCCCUGGUUGCAGAGUGGAUAAAGCCAAAGAGUUGAGUGAGGGACAGGGUGUACCCUUUACGAAUCUGUUCAUAAUAUGGAUGGUGGUGCUGUGUGCUUCUAUGCCUAUAUCGUCUCUCUUUUCAUACCUUUAUUUCAUGGUAAGGGAUUUUAAUAUUGCAAAAACAGAAGCUGAUAUCAGUUUUUAUGCUGGUUAUGUGGGUUGUGCUUUCAUGUUUGGAAGAUGUUUGACAUCUGUAAUGUGGGGAAUUGUAGCUGAUCGCUAUGGUAGAAAGCCUGUUAUAAUGAUAGGGAUUAUUGCAAUUGUCAUUUUCAACACACUGUUUGGCCUUAGUACGAGUUUUUGGAUGGCAGUUAUCAUGAGAUUUCUUCUGGGAUGCUUUAGUGGUCUGCUUGGACCAGUGACGGCUUAUGCUACUGAACUUUUUCGAGAAGAACACCAAGCUCUAGGAGUCUCAAGUGUUACUGCAUCUUGGGGCGCAGGUUUAGUCAUUGGCCCAGCUUUAGGAGGUUAUUUGGCUCAGCCUGUGGAGAAGUAUCCACAUAUUUUUCCAAAGGGUUCCUUUUGGGAUAAGUUUGCUUACUUCUUCCCCAAUUUUAUAAUAUCUGCGUUUGCAUUUGUUGUAGCUGUUGGCUGUAUUUGGAUACCGGAAACACUUCACAAUCAUAAUUGUAGCAAUGAAUCCAUGGACAAUUUUGAAGCUUUAGAAAUUGGAAGCAGAGUGGUUGGAAAAGAAAGGACAAAUCAAAAGAAGGAAAAGCUUCUCUUGAACUGGCCCUUGAUGUCAUCUAUCAUCAUCUUUUGUGUUUUCUCCCUUCAUGAUGGUGCUUAUCAUGAGGUUUUCUCGUUAUGGACUGUGAGUCCUCAAAGACUGGGGGGUUUGAACUUUACAACCAAUGAUGUUGGUAAUGUUCUUUCAAUAUCAGGUCUUGCAGUUAUCGUUUACCAAAUUACUCUGUAUCCAUUAGUGAGAAAAACUAGUGGACCUAUUGGAAUUGCUCGCAUAUCAGGGAUACUAACCAUACCACUUUUGCAAAGCUACACCUUCAUUGGAUCAUUAUCCGGCUUUGCACUACACAUAGUGUUAAGUAUUGCUUCAAUUCUGAAGAAUAUUCUUGCUGUGACCAUUACAACUUGUUUGUUCCUUUUACAAAACCGAGCAGUGGAACAACACCAAAGGGGUGAAGCUAAUGGCAUUUCUAUAACAGGCUUGUCUCUUUUCAAAGCUAUUGGCCCUGCUGCAGGUGGUGCAUUAUUAACUUGGUCACAAAAGCGAAUGGAUGCUUCAUUUCUCCCAGGCACCCAGAUGGUGUUCUUUGUCCUGAACACCGUUGUAGCAGUUGGAACAUUACUGACUUUCAAACCUUUCCUUGUCGAAAAGAGGACGACCUAAACGGAUUAGUCACACUGAUGCCAAUCAAUUUUGCUAAGAUAUUCACAUAAUUUCUCUUUAAAAUAUUGUGAACCUUUUCUAAGAUAUUGUUGUCUUGUCUAUCAUAGGUAGCAUUAAACUUUUCGUCAUGUCAAAGCCGAUAGUAUGGUUGUGAUUUAAUGCUUAGAGGACAUUUUGAGUUAUUUAUUUUUUUAUUUUUUAACAAAUAGAUUUUAAUGAGAAUAUUUAAUAUAUCAACAAA